AUGCAUAAUCGAAGGGUGAUUGCAAAUGCUUCGAGGCAGUUGAAGCCACAUGAAGGGAAUUACCCAACCCAUGAUUUGAAGUUAGCUGCAAUAGUGUUUGCUUUGAAGAUUUGGAGGCAUGAUCUGUAUGGGGUGACUUGUAGGAUUUUCAUGGAUCAUAAGAAUGCUUUGAGGAGGAAGUCAGAACAUUCGAUGAACGUAAUGGUAGUACCAGAUCAAUUGUGUGUGGAAUUUCAGAAAAUGAAUUUGGAGGUUAUGGAACAUGGAGAAGUGACUAGGAUGUUGAAUGUAUUGGUAAUUCAACCAUCCAUUUAUGAUGAGAUAAGGGAAAGUCAAUUGGAAGACGAGAAGCUGAAAGCAAUAAAGAAAAAGAUCGAUGAAGGUCAGGUUUUGGAUUUCACCAUUGGUGAUGAAAGAAGUAUUCGUUUGAAGGGAAGAUGGUGUGUGCCACAAAGUCGUAGAGAUUUGAAGCAAAGAUUGACGGAGGAAGCCCAUAAUUCACCUUAUUCAAUGCAUCCUGGAGGGGAUAAGUUGUAUAAGGAUAUGUAG